CACUUCUUCGUACUCAAAACCCAGAGAGAGAAUUACAGAGGAGGGGGAGAAGACCUGAAGGCGCAAAACGCAACCGUUUCAACUCGCUCUUGCGUCUGUAGCAUUUUCGUGCAUGGCGAUUGGUGAAUUAGGGGUUUCAAAUCGACCUCGAUCGAUGAUUUUCAGAAGCCAAGAAGAUGUAAUUUAGCGGAGAUUUUUCGUGUAUUUCCGAAGCAAUUUGCGAAAACCGUUCGAUUCUGCGAAGCUUUAAGUUGGUUUUUCUAGGGUUUUUGUUUUUGGAUUGGGGAGAUGAUGAAGGGCCAGUUGGAUCGAACCAAGGUGGUGGUUCGACACUUGCCGCCUUCGAUUUCGCAAGCUGCGCUUGUGGAACAAAUCGACGUUUUCUUUGCUGGCCGCUACAACUGGGUUGCUUUUCGUCCUGGCAAGAGGAGCCAAAAGAAUCAGUCAUAUUCUAGAGCCUACAUUGAUUUGAAGAGGCCAGAUGAUGUAUUCGACUUUGCUGAGUUCUUUGACGGUCAUCUGUUUGUUAAUGAAAAGGGCAGUCAAUUUAAAGUUAUUGUUGAGUAUGCUCCUUCACAACGUGUUCCAAAACAUUGGUCUAAGAAGGAUGGUCGUGAAGGAACCAUAUUCAGAGAUCCCGAGUAUUUGGAGUUUCUUGAAUUCAUUGCAAAGCCUGCUGAGAAUCUUCCAAGUGCAGAGACACAAUUGGAGAGAAGAGAAGCAGAACGAUCUGGUGCUGGAAAGGACGUUCCAAUAGUUACACCAUUAAUGGACUUUGUUCGUCAAAAAAGGGCUGCCAAGGCUGGAUCUCGGAGGUUACCGUCUAAUGGUAAAACAAGUAGAAGAGCUGGUGCAUCAUCUGCUCGAAGUCCUACUUUACCUAUGACCAAACGGGGUUCUGAGAGGAAAAAGAAUUCUGCCUCAAUGUAUGUUGUGAGGGAUGCUAGAAAGAACACCAGUGCCAAAGACAAGUCAACAUAUACAUUGGUACCCAAGCGCGAUGAUCAGCAACCUUCCGAGAAGUCUGCCAUUUUGGCAUCUGCAGUUGGAACUCAAUUGUUUGAAGAGGAGAGUGGAGUUUUGGGUGCUGAUGCUGGGAAAAAGAAAGUCUUGCUUGUGAAAGAGAAAGAGAAGGAGAUAUCUCAUGUGCCGGCGAACAUGUCACUGCAGCAUAGUACAUAUUCUAAAAACAUGGGUGGUUCAGUUGCACUGAAACAGAACCCGCGUCAUCAUGAUAAGGGAAGGAUUAUCAAAAGUAUACUUCUAAACAAGGAUGCACGUCAAAGUCAGUCUUCUGGGAUUCACUUGGAGCAGCAAAUCCAGAGUUCAAGUUCAGAUAGGGACAAACGACUUCCUCGGUCGCAACAUGUGCAAUUGAUUUUAAAGGAUACAAAUGGAGCUCCAGAUCAUAAGAUAGUUGGGAAUGACUUGCAUGGUAGUUAUAGUGAGAAGCAGGAGAAACGGACGAGGAAUAAGGACAGACCUGAUCGUGGUGUAUGGACUCCUCUUAAUCGUUUAGAUGGAUCAUCUGCAAGCGAUGAGUCUUUGUCGUCUGCUUUUCAACCUGAUCACUCACUCUUAGAUUCUUCAGAAGGCUCCCAUAAACAUCAUGGUCGCCGUGGAGCAACACAUGGUGUUAAGGAUCUUGAUGGCUCUCCAGUUGCAGGUGAAGGAAAACAUUCGAAGAGAGGCUAUGGCUCCCAUGAGAAACAAGUGUGGGUUCAGAAGUCAAGUUCUGGUUCCUGAGGAUUUUCUUUUUGUUAAAUUGUGCGAUGUUUUGGCUACUUCAACCUUGAGAGUGAAUUACCAAAAAGAAAAAAAAGAACCUUCAGAGUGAGCAUGUACCAGUGCCCUGAAGCUGUCUGAUUUUUUCCGGACAGAUUACAGAGUUGUAAACAAAGCGUCAGCAGCAUUGAAAGAUGUUCCUUUCGGAAAGCCAUACGGAGUGAUGGAGACACGUGUAUAUAAGGAUAGCAUGGGUUUGAAGAAAUUUCCAACUUUGCUGGUGACAGCACGGAAAUAGGAGGGGAAACGAAGAAUAGUAAAAGACAUCAGCAUCAUUAAGGUAUAUAACAGUUUUUAUCAGAGUGCCCCCCAACAAUGGUCUCCUUGCAGAAGAGUUAUGCACAUUCCUUCUCGCCUUUCACUGGAUAUCGGAAUAUUUAGGUAUUUAUGUUAUAGAUGGUUGUCGUCCAUUAGUAUAACUGUAAAUAUGAAGGCUGUGCACUGUAUGCGGCUUCACGGUUUAUUUCUUAUGUGUCUAUGCCCCCUGUUGCGAGCAGUGUAGCAUCUGCAACCAGUUAGUAUUGUAAGGCCCUGGAGUUUUCUCUGAUACUCUGAUUGGGGGCUUGUUUCGAAUAGAAAAGACAGCUCGAGCCAUUUUGCAGUUGAUGGCCGGGCGAGUGACUGAUUGAUUCGGUCUAUGUCUUGGCAGUGUUUCACCUUGUAUUAACGGAGGAGACAUUGUUCUGAGUGGAGAUUGCUGGAAUAUAGUUUGUUAGUUUGUUCUC